AUGUUUUCCCAAGUUACCAGACUAGCCACCAGAAGAGCCUUCUCUGCCACUUCCAAGCAAUGUGGUGCCCACUUCAAGGAAGGUGUUUACUCGAACAUCCCAGUUAAGAUUCACAACAGAAAGAUCCCAUACGCUUUCAUCCACUUCGGUUUCUUUGCUCUAGGUUUUGCUGUUCCAUUCAUCUCUUCUUACGUGCAAUUGAAGAAGUUUGGUGCUUUCUAA